CAUAUCUUUUUAGUUAACAUGUUAGUUUAUGCUUCCUGAGAUUCUGUUGCUCUUCGUUUUCCUUGCAUUGUGGACUUGAGUGGAUAACCCAAAUAAAGAUCUGUUUGUGUCCCUGCUGGUUAGCAAGUGGAGAAGAGUCUGACGAAGCAGCAGAGCAACAUUUUUGAGUCAUUUAGGCUCAGUUUAGCCACCACAGAGGAAACGAUGACUUCAACAGAAAAGGAUCGAAAUGGGCAAAGAUGUCAGCCCUCUCAGGAGGCUGACAAACCCCACGGGGGAAGAAAAUACAGCUGCAAUGAGUGUGGGAGAGCUUUUACUCGAAAGGAGUCCCUAAGAAAACACACAGACUUCCACACUGCAGAGAUUCUGUUCAUCUGUGACUUGUGUGGAAAAUGUUUUACUUGCUUUGGUAAAUUGCAAAGACACCAACUAAUCCACAGGGGAUAUAAACAGUUUAGAUGUGACUUGUGUGGGAAGUCCUUUACUCAGCAAAGUGCCCUAAAAAAGCAUAAAGUCUCUCACAGUGAUAUUACAGCAUACCGUUGUGAUCAUUGUGGGAAGCGUUUUACUCAGAAAGAAGGCCUGGAAAACCACAAGUUCAUCCACAGUGGAGUUAAACCAUACAGAUGUGAUCAGUGUGGUAAAGAUUUUACUCAAAGUGGUAGCUUACGGAGGCAUAGAGUUACCCACUCUGGAAUUAAGGCAUACAGCUGUGACAUUUGUGGGAAAACUUUCAACCAUUUAGGGAACAGAAAUAGACACAAACGCAUUCACACGGGACAUGAUGUUUACAGCUGUGAUCAGUGUGACAAGCAGUUUACAGAAAAAAGAUACUUACAACAACACAUGUUUACCCACACUGAGGAGAGACCGUAUAAAUGUGAACUGUGUGAGAAGACUUUUAAACUUUCAUCGUCCCUUAAAAUGCACCAUCAGAUCCACACCAGAAAGAAACUCCACAAGUGCAGUUACUGUGAGAAGCAGAACAACCCAGAAGGAUCCAGUUUUGAACACUGCUAUCGUUGUGGUGGUGGGAAACCAUUUCGUUGUGACAUUUGUAAAAAACCUUUCAGCCAGGAAAGGACCUUAAAAUUACAUCAACGUAGACACACUGGACACAAAAUGAACUACUGCAAAGAAUGUGGGAGAGGCUUCCCCACUCCAAGUAAAUUACGACGACAUGAACUUAUACACAGUGGCAUUAAAAAGUACCUCUGUGGCCAGUGUGGGUCAUCAUUCGCCACUGCAGGUAACCUUAACAUGCAUAGACAAAUCCACAUGGGAGAGAAACCAUAUAAGUGCAGUCACUGUGAGGAAAGCUUCUCACAUUCAAGUACUCGUAACUUUCAUGAAAGAACACAUAAAACUACACCUGUGACUAGUGUAACAGGAGUUUGAUCUUAAAAGUAUUUUAAAGUGUAAAUAAUUUGUUUUAUCUUUGAGGAAUUAAAUGUGGUAUAACCUCCACACACUGUCCUGCUUACCAUUAAAGUUGAAUAUUGGUAAGUGUGGCUGUGUGGUGCUUAUACUAUUUUUCUCCACAAAGAGAAG